UAUGAAAGGAGCAAACCCGGCACAAACUAGCCCGCUUCCCUUCCCUGUGCGCCACUAACGCACUCUGCCCCGUCCCGUUCCAUCCCAUCCCGUCCCUUUCCCAGCAGGCAGUGCGGCGGGAUGACGUCACCCUCUCGCUAGAUGAGACUGGCCGGGGCUGAAGCAGCCGCUCUGCGCGUCAGGGAGCCGAACGAUAACGGCGCUGGGGGACUUUUAAAGUCAGACAGAGGGGGGUUCCAUGAAAGCCAACUAUCCCUCCUGUCUCUAUUGAGUUCCCCUUGCUCUAGAACCCCCUUCCCCCCCCCCCAACUCUGUGGCAAUGCAGAGCGACAUGGAGUUGCUGGCGGAGAGAAUAGUCAAUCAUGCCAUGGCAAUCAUCCAUUUAAUUACUGGGGAGAGCGAUAGUGCUGACACGUCGUGCCCAUCUUUAUCCAAGGACGGCAGGAGGGAUGACACGCUGCUCAUAGACAGAAUCAUUGCACACGCUACCCACAUCAUCCAGCUAAUGGCCAGUAAGGUUUCAGCAUCCUCUGAUGAAAUCAAACUCAGAUUUUCAGCUGAGAUGUUAGAAGAUCAGACGGAACCGACUAUAGAAAUUUUAGAUGAUUGUAAUAAUCAGGAGGCAGAGGACAAAGAAGACAUAAAGGAGCAUGUGAAUGGUCAGCAUCUGAAGAGUCCAGUGGAAUCCUUCACAGGUGGAACCGAAGAAAGAAAUAAUGUACAGUCAACUCUUUAUUUACCAAACUGGAAAAUAAAAAUAAAUAGACUUACUCCAGCGUGUCGUAGUAAAAAACUGUGGAAUACACCUAAGUCCAGACGGAAACCAGUGCGACUGUCGCUAAGCCCGACAGUGGAACCAUCUAUAUAUUGCAGCCAAAAUCCUCUGGAUUCUCAGCGGGAUGAAUUGAGUGGGUCACCUGCCUUUUUGAAUCAGAAUAUAAAACUAGAGACGAACUUGGUGAACAUUCGUAAUGGGCUGCACACAAAGAAGUAUAAGAACAGGCAAUUUAGUACUGUCAAAGAAGAAUUAGUGGAAGGAAAUAAUAUUGAGCAGAUUCAAGACACGUAUUUAAGGCAUAUGAAAGGUUUUGUUGACGGUUUAACCUUUGACAGCAACCAGUCAAAGCAGUUAGAUGACCGGCCAUUGGGAAUGUCUGAUGGGGAAAGUUUUAGUAGAAUUUCUCAACUAUCUAGAAAAAGUCCAGGAAAAUCAUCGUCAACCUCUUUGCAUAAGAAAGCCUUAGACUUGAUGAGACCACAAGAAAUCCUCCAUGAAGAGGUUCCUUAUGCUGUUACUGAAAGCGGAAAGAGUUUUGUCAUCAGUUCAGAUCUUGUCAAGGUUCAGAUAUCCCAUAGCGGAGAGAAGUCCCAUAUUUGCAGUGAGUGUGGGAGUGGCUUUGUGAGUAGCUCAAGUCUUCUUAAACAUCAGAUAAUCCACACAGGAGAGAAGCCAUACACAUGCAAAGACUGCGGCAAAAGCUUCAGCUUCAACUCCAGCCUUAUCAGGCACCAGCGGGUUCACACAGGAGAAAAACCGUAUGUUUGUAAGGAGUGCGGCAAGAGUUUCAGCAUAAGCACCACUUUGGUUAGACACCAGAGAGUCCAUACAGGAGAGAGGCCAUAUGCCUGCCGGGACUGUGGGAAAAGGUUCACUUGUAACUCCCACCUGGUUAUACACCAGAGACUCCAUACAGGAGAGAGACCUUACACUUGCGUGGAAUGUGGGAACUGUUUCAGCAAUGGUUCCGAUCUUGUUAAGCAUCAGAGGACGCACACUGGCGAGAGGCCUUAUUCUUGUAGUGAGUGCGGCAAGUGCUUCAGUAUUAUCUCAAACCUCAUAACGCAUCAGAAGGGGCACAGCGGGAAAGGCCCAUGUAAAAAGAGUCGCAUUAAAAGUGAUCAUUAACAGCAGCAA